GUCGCAGAGGCAGAGGAGCAUCCAUCGGUCUCCCAGGACUUUUCGGCGUGCAGGUUCGACUUGGGGGUGCGAAAAUCGGCAGAAAAAUUCCCACGGUGCACUCAACAUGUACAGACGCGACCGACGGCGCAAUUUCAUGGACGAGUUUCACGGCAUCUUAUGCGAGAUCGAUCGUUUGAAGCCCGAGCCCGAAGUUUGCAACGCAAGCUGCCCUCCUCUGGGAUGUCCUCGAGGACCUUGCCCCGGGGUGUGCUGUCGUGGAGAGACCUGCGAUCCCUGCUGCAUGUCGUGGAUGCCGCGUGACCUAUCAUGUCACCAGGCAUCUUGUUGUCGGGUGCCACGUCGUUCGAAGAAUUACUCGCUCAGUGCGACCGGCUCAUCGUGCUGCGGCUGUUAAUCGGACAACAUGAAUCGAGGAAGCCCGAAAACGGCAGAAACGGCUCUAGCGAUCUCCAAUAGCGCACGAUCAAUCAGGAUUUCAGCGAGUCCUCUAUCCUGUUCUUUAUAAUCAUGCACGAGUCGUGAAUGCACCGUCUUUGUCGCACUGUUGGAUCAAUAAGGUGUUGGCACAUAUGGUUGAAACGUCCGAAGAAACGGCACCUGCCGUCUGUGUCACGGCAAGAAAAGGGU